CACCGACGCUCUUUUCUCACUCACGCCCCACAUUCAUUACCAUGCGCGUAUCAUUCUACGCGCUGUUCGCGCUCAUCUGUGCGCUCACAGCAUAUGCAUUCGACGCCCUCGACCACGAGGUCUUCGACCUCGUCGCGGCCCUCGAAGCAUCAGAGGGCAAGGGCACGUCGUUCUACUCGUUUCUCGGCGUCGAGCCGUCCGCGUCCAACGCCCAGAUCACCAAGGCGUACCGCAAGCGCUCGCUCGAGCUGCACCCGGACAAGAACCCGGGCGUAGCGAAUAUCCAAGAACGCUUCGCGCGGCUUGGUGUCAUCGCGCAAAUCCUCCGCGACAGCACCAAGCGCGAGCGGUACAACUUCUACUACAAAAACGGCGUGCCGACCUGGAAGGGCCUCGGGUACGCUUACUCGCGCUGGCGCCCAGGACUGGGCUUCGUGCUCGUCUUCCUCACCCUCCUCACGUCUGGGCUGCACUACGUCGUCCUCCGCAUGAACUAUACCCGUGACACGCGCCGCGUGACGUACUUCACUGAGGCGGCGCGCAAGGCUGCCAGCGGCGCCAAGGGCCGCCGCAAGGUCCGCGUCCCCAUGGUCGAGGGCAUGGUGGGCGGCGAGUCGCUCGAGCUCGUCGUCGACGGCGGGACCGUGCUCCUGCCGCACGCCGACGGCACCGCUACCCCCCUGUCGUCUCUUGCGCCCGAGCCGUCGCUUUCGAAGACGUGGCCAGCGCAGCUGUCGCGCGGCGUCUGGGCCAAGCUCGCGAAGAAGCAGAUUGGGGACGAGGCCGAGCUCGAGGACGAAGAGGAGGAAACCUCGGCGUCUGAGGUCGAGGGAUACGAUGUGCAGGAGGGCACGCCGACGCCGGCCCCGCGCAAGUCGCGCGCCGCUGAGCUGCGUGCCCAGCGCCUCAAGAAGGACUCGCCGGGUACCUCCACGGCUGAGACUACUGAGGGCGAGGAGGACAGCGCCGCCAGCGGAGCCGAGGGCCGCCGCAAGAAGGUGGGCGGCAAGGCGGCGGGUGCGCGCCGGCGCAAGAUGGGGAUGAAGAAGUAGACUUAGAGAUGCAUAGAGUGGUGCAGCUGG